AUGGGAGGGCCAGUAGAAGAUGAACUAGGAGGUCCAGCAGUGGUUAAUGAGAAGAGUGACAGUGAUGACUACAACUAUGAAUAUGCUUCUGAAGAGUGUCAUACCCCGGUAUCUUCUGAGGAUCAGAGGACAAUGCACGGACUUGAUUUCAAUGAAGAAAAUGAAUAUGGAGAGGUUCGGUUUGAGCUUGGAAUGCAAUUUUCGACUAUGGAGAAAUUUAAGAAGGCCUUGAAGGAUGUAUUUGUUUGGGAUGGAAGAGAUUGCAUGUAUAUCAAGAAUGAGAAGGAGAGGGUCAGGGCUAGAUGUGCGGAGGAGAACUGUCCAUGGUUAAUAUAUAUGGCAAGGAACUCAAAAACAAUGGCAUUUGAGAUAAAAACAUUUCACAACAAGCAUACAUGUGGAAGGGAUUAUGGAAGCAAUUUGGCCGAUAGGGCAUGGGUCACAGAUAAGCUGGAAAAAAGGUUGGCAACACAGCCUAAGCUAACACCGAGGGAAGCAACGGAGCAUAUGAAACAGGACUACAAUGUUCAGGUCCAUCCAAAAAUGAUCCAAAAGGCUUUGAAAGCAGCCAGGGAAAUUGUUGUUGGGAAUGACAAGGCACAAUAUGGGAAGUUGUGGGAUUAUUUACAAGAGUUGCACAGGAGUAACCCAGGCAGCACGGCUGACAUGUGUGUUGACCCAAUUCUGCAAUCUCUACCGCUGUUUGACAAAAUUUACAUAUGCUUAGAUGCGUGCAGAAAUGGUUUUGUUAAGGGUUGUAGACCACUAAUAGGCCUAGAUGGAUGCUUUUUAAAGGGGUAUUAUGGAGGCCAACUCCUAACUGCAAUGUCACUUGAUGCUAACAACCAUGUAUUCGUUAUUGCAUAUGCUGUUACAAGAGCAGAAAAUACAGAGAACUGGAUGUGGUUCUUAACUCGACUUCAGGAUGAUUUGGGAGACCAUCAAGUGCGUGGAUGGAAUCUCAUGUCCGACCAACAGAAGGUAACAUCAUUUGCCAACCUAUUCUGA